GAAAAAGAAUCCAAAAAUAACAGAAACAAGAAACGGUGUUUUAAAUUACACCAAGUUGAAACAGGCAACGUGCUAGCUAAAUCUUUGAAAUUGUAUAUAAUGAACAUUAAAGCUCAUAAUGAAGCACUUGGAUUUGGUUGGAAUAAUCGUGAUUUUGAUGCUAUUAUAAAAGAAGUUUGGAACAAAAUAG